AUGAUACCACUGACGCCCCAGACUCCACCAAGACAAUCAAGGGAGGCACGUAUUCCAAGAAUCAAUGGUUGCGAACAACUGGGGAUGCCCAAUGCUAUUCCGAAAACCCCUGAUCCUUUCCUCCAGAUUAAUCAUUUGCCAACUCCACUGACUGCAACUAAGAAGCCCCUCUCUUUGAUAUUCCCAUCCAAUUAUAUCCAGCGAACUCCAGUGCAGAAACAGUCUAGAUGUGUAAUUUAUCCCACAACUCCAGAACACAAAAUCACGUCCCCCUUCAGAAGGAAGAAAAAGAGUCAUGACAUCUUACGAUUAGAUGAUGAAGGAAGCAAUAUUAAGAACACAUUUGGCCUUUUGUUGCCUACUCCUUCAACGGUCGGAUCGGGAAGAAAAGCAGCCGGGUCGACAUUACAUUCAGUCUCUCUUGUACCACCAAAAUUUGACAUCGAGUCACUAGCUAAACUCAGUCGAAGUAUGAACUUUGAAGAAGAAUUGGAUCAUGCUGUGAACAGUACUCCCAACACUCCUGGAAGACAAAUUAUUGAUGACAAAACCGUAGAUGAAUGGUACGGCAAAUCUGCGAAUAAUGAUUUUUCCUCCUCGGAAGAAGAAUAUGAAAAUGACGAAAUAACCACAUUUGAAGAAGCCAAAAGACUUCCAAGACACCGACCACUGAACCCGUUCUUAGAAAAUGCAACUAUUUCAAACUAUCCAAUACAGAAGGAGCGCAAUCCGUUUAUAGAUUCCAAUCACAAACUGGUAAACUAUGAUACCCAUAUGGAAAUGAUAAAUAAUAAGACUGGUAAAAGAAGGGUUAUCAAAUUGUCCAAAGCGCAAAUGAAAAUAAAACCAAAGAAGUUGAACUUCGGUAAUUUAGUGUGA